AUGGUUCGUGCCGUCCGACCUAGCAACCCUACGUACACCAACGCCCAGGUCUCGGGCUUCUACUUCCGCCCGUGUCGCGACGACAACGAUUAG